CUGGCUGCGUGUCAGUGCAGUCGACUUACAGCGGGCUGUGAGGAGAACUGGCGCCACCCUUUUGUCCCUAAAUACAACUCUUUUCAUACGCUAAAACUUCUUAAAGUUUCUUUAAACUCGCGCUCGAGUACUUCUACUCGCAUGGUUCUCGAGGAGGUCGGGUUAAACUAGUUAUUUUCGCUCUGUUUUAAGUUAAAGGCUGGGCCUUUACUCGCGCUCCUGACGAGAGAAAAAAAGAAGCUGCUCUUUCUGCGAUUAAAAGUCCAUAAAUGCUUUUUACCAAAAUGGACCUGUUGAAUUACCAGUACUUGGACAAGAUGAACAACAACAUUGGCAUCCUGUGCUACGAAGGUGAGGCUGCUCUGAGAGGCGAGUCCAGAAUGCCGGCCCUGUCCCUGUCCUCUGCAGUCAGCAAUCACAGGACGGGCCCUCCUCCCAUCAGCCCCAGCAAGAGGAAGCACAGCGGGGACCAAGCAGACGACGGCAUCGACUGUAACAGCGAGCAUGUGGCCAAGAUGAGCCGGCUGUUUGCCGCACAGUUAGGCAAGCCUGCCAGUGGGGACUACCGCAAGGACCCCCGGGAUCGCAGCCGCAGCCCCAUAGAGCGCAUCGGCGCCUCCCCGAUGAGUCUCGUUGGUGGUCACCUGUAUGCCCACAUGCCCAGCCUGGCCAUGGACCAGCCUCUCGCACUGACCAAAAACAUGGACACCACCCGCACUGUCGCCAUCUCGCCCACUGUCAGCCCCGUCGAGCGCCAGCAGAAUCGUCCCUCUGUGAUCACAUGUGCCCCAGCGAACAACCGUAACUGUAACCUCACCCACUGCACCGUGUCUCACAACGGCUGCUCACCCAGCCUGACUUCAAGCUACCGCAGAGCCUCCAACUCGAACACGGCCUGCGACCCUGUCAUCGAGGAGCAUUUCCGCCGCAGCCUGGGCAAGAACUACAAGGAGCCCGAGCCGGUCACAAACUCGGUGUCCAUCACCGGCUCGGUGGAUGACCACUUCACCAAGGCACUGGGAGAGACGUGGCUGCAGAUCAAGGCCAAGGGCAGCUCCUCGGCGAGCCCAGACUCCUCCACCAACGGCCACAUGGUCAACCACAAUCACUCCCCUUCCCUCGUGUCUUGAGAAGUGGACCGGCGAACCCCAUCCCGCCGCUUCUCUCUCAAAGCAUGCAUGUUUUAGCAGAGCUGACACAUAGCUAUGUACAUAAAAGAACGCAAGACGAGGAGAUGCUCCUUUAACUUUCAUUUGUGCUUUUGAUUCAUUUUCUUUUGUUUGUAAGUAUGCUAGUAUACUUUAACUUGGCUGUUGCGUUAUGGGAUGCCCAUACCUGUUGUUUUUUUUUUUUGUUUUGUUUUUUUUGAGAUAAAGAUCAGCCAGACACUAUCGAACCAUCCGCCUCAGAUACCAAAGAAACCGCUGAUGCAAACCUUUCACCCAGAAGCCAUUGUUCCAUCGCACUCUGUCAAUCUUUCUCGCUCUCUCCCGGUUGUGUCCUGAAUCUGUUCGUGUAUACUUGAAGCGGAAGGCCUGGACUGAUCUUGCACUGUAGAUGGACUGAUGUGAGUGUAGCGUCGAUGGGUUGUUCAGAAGACGUUUGGCAGGUGCUGCGGUUCACGUGGCUUUCACAGGAAACCUUGGUCAGGGGAGGGACUCGUUUUCAGUCGCUUGGGCUCUGGCUUCUCUAGGGCGCUGACACAACUGGACUGCGGCAGACGUGGGCAUUCUUCUCGUUUCGGAUGGGUCUUUCCCAGGCACUGUGGUUUCAGUAGAGUAGACUAAAGGUUUAAGGGUAAGCUAGUGCUUAUAAGUGCAUGUUUUAAAAAUAGCUGGUAUCUAUUAUUGUGUUGACAUUUCAAUCGUAAUACUUCUAGCCUUUUCUUCAGAUUUUAUUAUAUUUUUGUCAGUAACAGUCCUAGAUAAACUUACUGCUGGUACAGUUGUACUCCAUAUUAUUAUUUUCUAUUCAAUAUUCAUUGUGGUAGCUGCCAGAUACAGAAGAGAAAUCAGCCUCCGGACAGGCCAUCUAUAUAUUAACGGUUGGUUUUGUAUGUUGUUAUUAAUCGGUGGUACAGGAUGCUGUCGCUUUGCAUGACUGAAAAAAGAGCAUUCGCAGCUAUUGACAGGUCAACUGUAGCGUUGACAAUCUGCCGGAAAUGUCGAGCUAGUUUCGUGUGCGUUUGUUGUUCUUCAUCUUCUCUUAAUUCUGCGUUGGGCUGUCGAAGCGGUCGGCCUGUACCGUAUCACACACAUUCCUCCGAUAGGGAACGGCGUGCAGGUCUUGUGUUCAGUGUAGCUACUCACUAGAGACUGCAGAUACAGGAGACGCUCGAUGCUCCAGCUCGUCCUUACAUUCCAUCAGCCCUGGAUUCAUACACGACGCUCCUCAAAAGGACUCGCCAACUCUGCUCUUUCUGCGUGUAUUUGCCACGAGGAGACCUCGAGGACACACACACACACACUAACUACCGUUUUACUGGGUAGGACACUUUCUGCUUGACACACGUUACCCUACACGCUGUAGGUAAAUCACUUAAAAACAAAGUUUUAUAUAGGAAACUAUAAGACCAUCAUUACGCUGUGCGUAACGAAUGUACAGAGAAAAAAUCUUAGGUAUUUUUUGAGGAACAAUUAAUUUGUUAAUGAUAUGUAGCUAUUUAAUUUUUCCCUUGUCCUUUAGUGUAAUCAUGCUUUUUUUUUUUUUUUGAGAAAAAAGUUGAUCUUUUUUGUUUGUAGGUUUUGUCUGUUUAAGGUUAAAGUGCAGGAACACCGUUAUUCUAUGAAAACACUGCGUUAGUGUAACAGCCACUUGUGUAUUAUUUCUGAAGGCUACCGAGUCUCGACACACUUCUGAACGGAGGCUUUCGACUGUCUCUGGAGACAAUUGAACAAACAGACUCGAGUCCCAGUGACUUGCUGCACUCCAGUACCGUCGCUCAACGAGAUUUUCUAUUUGAUGUGCGCUUCCAGGAGAACGACGACACAAACCAACAACGUUUAAAACACUUCUCGCUGCACCUCGAGUGUACUUCUUAAUGAUUUGUAAAUCUGUAUUAUACCCUCAUUUCUUGGCCUUGUUUCUUCUCGGAAUAAAACAAACUUUUGGCAGGCCAUUGUUUUGUACUUUUAAGUAGCCUCAAUGAACAAUAAAGUGCUCUUAAACCACA